GCACUUUUCACGUGCUUUAUGCGCAUGCGCGUUGAAGUGAGCGUGACUUGUUCUUCAGAAUGCUACAACUGUGGAGUUGAGAGGAAAAUAAAUUAACAGUUUAUUCGAAAUCAUGCACUAUCCUCAGUGCGUGCUGAACCAGUAAAUAAUGCUGUAGAAAUACUCAUCCACUAUGCUGAGUCGCCUCCAGGAGCUCAAAAAGGAAGAGGAGACUCUUCUGAAAGUUAAAGUCAUGCUGCAAGAUCAGCUCAACAGACUUAAGUUUGAGGAAGGGACUCUGAGGUCUAUGAUAAAUGCUCAGUCUGAAGAAAGCCCAAAUGAAGUCCCUGCCCCUGAGGUGGAAGUCAACCUAGAUGAUGAGACUGAGAUCAACCAGACCAAACUAGUAUUAGGUGCUCAAACAGACUAUGACAUGGAAGAAGAAGAGGAGGAGGAAGAGGAUGAUGACGAGGAUGAUGAUGCAGAUGUCGACCUCGAUAUGGUGCUAGAAGAUGAAGACGACGACGAUGACUACUGACCGUGCCUGCAAAGCCAGCGUUAUAAUUGACUCCUUGUCAAUUACUCCUUGAUGUGUAGUCUGCACAUUUGGCAUGCUGAUAAGAGACUACAACUGUCUCUCUGUCUUAGAUUGCUGUUGCUUUAGAUAAACUGUUGGUUCACCCAUCUAUAAAAUCCUCCAGAAGUAUGUGUAGCACAAAUACAACUCCUUCUAUUACUGUGCUGUUGGCCAAGCCUGCACUUUAUGUAUUUUUUAAAAUACAUAUAAA